AUGACGAUGUACUCGCAGCAUUACAAUAUGGGGAAAUUGAGACAUUAUAGCAGUCCUGAUACCAGUUCUAGUCUUUAUAAAAGCUGUCCACAUUCAGGAUUAUCUGAUCAUAGUGCUAGUGGCUUGAGAGCUUCGAGAAAUCCUUUUUCCUAUUCUUCAUGUCAGUCAACUGAUUCUCGUUAUUUUGAUCAAAACACUUACCCUUUCCAUCUAUCGGAUCGCCGUCCAAGAACCUCGUCUAUGUCUUCGUCACGCUCUUCAAACGGUUCCAUGUCUUUACCCAAGCGUCCAUUACUUUAUAAAACGACUUUAUGCGAAGUUUGGGUGAAGGGACGUAACUGUAGAUUUGGUGAACGCUGCUGGUUUGCACACGGGGAAUGGGAAUUGCGUUCUUCAAUGCAAAACAAAUUUCGAAAACCUGAAAUACAUAACGUACCAUCCCGUGCCCAGCAAGAAUGGAUGGUCCUGUCCCAAACCUAUGGUAACGCUUCGGGAUCAUUCAAUAACUUCACCAAAAAUUCUAUGAACCGUUUCACGCGGGACGCUGUGAGCGCUCAGUUAAGAGCUGGUGUAGAAGCUAGACUAGGGAAAGCCUCUUCUGGAGAGUCUCUUGAGUCUUGGUCUAAGUUAGGAGCUUUGUUGCAAAAUAUGCCUUCGAAGCAGGAAGACUCGAACAAUUCGAUUUGGUCUGCUUCCGACCUAUCUCUUUCAUCGUCAUGCUCUAGCGAAGCUGGUGUCAACCGUGGCUUCUCCUAUCUUGAUAAUUUGAAGGAAGAUAGAAUUGUCUCUCAUGAAAUAUGCGAUAUGUUUGCCGCUAGCGGAUUUUGUGCCUUGGGUGAUGAUUGUUCUCUUGAACAUCGUAUGCGAGACUUUGCGAGUGAAUGA